AUGGCAGAUAAAUACAAUAGCCAGCUUGAUGCAUUUACCCUUUAUCACCAAUACCAAGAUACUUCCUCAUCUUCUGCCACCUCAACGGCUCUUCCAGCACUCGGUCAUGCCAUAAGUGGUGCAACUGGAACUGCCAUCUCUAAUCUCUGCAUCUAUCCCCUCGACCUCAUAAUAACGCGUCUCCAAGUCCAACGAACCCUCGCAAACAGUUCUUCUACCACAACCACUGCACAACCACCAAAAUACAAAUCACUCGCAGAUGCCUUUCAUAAGAUUUACAAUGAGGAAGGGGGAAUCGCCGGGUUUUACAGUGGAGUUCUACAAGAUACAUCGAAAUCUAUUGCCGAUUCCUUCCUAUUUUUCCUUUUCUAUGAAUAUCUUCGAUCCAAAAGAUUGCAAUCCCAUCAUUCAUCCUCUAAAGCUGCUCUGCCAACACUUGAAGAAUUGGGUGUUGGCGCCUUAGCUGGAGGAUUGUCGAAGUUCUUCACCACUCCUUUAUCAAAUAUCGUCGUCCGAAAACAAACAUAUUCCAUGACUUCCCCCGCCAUCUCCAAGCCUCCUACCAUAUCUUCAAUAAUAUCGGACAUUCGAAAAAACAAGGGUAUCGCCGGCUUCUGGUCUGGUUACAGCGCUUCUCUGAUCCUCACCCUCAAUCCCAGCCUUACAUUCUUCUUAUACGAAUUCCUCAAGCGGGUCCUGAUACCGAGAAAUAAACGCGAUGACCCAGGGGCGCGGAUUACAUUUUUAUUGGCGGCCUUCAGCAAGGCGGUCGCGGGCAGUGUUACAUAUCCCGUGAGUCUAGCUAAGGCUCGGGCGCAAGUCGAUGGAUCUUCGUCUGCGAGCCCAUUGCAAAAAGAUACCGUUGAGAAGCUUUCAGAAGAUGUAAAAGACGCAACAAAGAAUGAGUCCAAGAAAUCCGCCAAGGAAGCACAGAAAGACUUAGCAGACGUAUCUAAACAAGCAAGGGGAAAUACGAUAGUACAUUCAAUACUCAAGAUAUAUAAGGAAAAAGGAAUAGGAGGAUUGUACGAAGGGAUCGGAGGAGAGAUCAUCAAAGGGUUCCUUGGCCAUGGAUUGACAAUGAUUGUCAAAGAACGAGUUCAUUCUCUCAUCCUCUCACUUUAUUUCAUGAUUUUACGACUGUUGAAACGAGGUCCUUCUCCCGAAGAGAUAUUGAGCGAAGCGAAGGAAAAGAUAAUGGAAAGUAGCGAAAACCUCGCUUCGAAAGCCAGAGAAGGGGGUGAAAGUGCUCUACAAACCCUCAAAACUGGUAGUGAGACUGCCCUUCAAUCUACCCGCAAAACGGGCGCAAACAUCUCAUCCACCGCCCAAGACUCCGCCUCCACAAUCGCCCAAUCCGCGAAGGACAUUACUAAUAAGGUUGUUAAUGGAGCCAAGGAUCUCGGGGAAAAGUCAAGUGCCAGUUUACCAGCAACAGCGAAAGCUAGUGAUAGAGCGGGUGUUAUAGGAGAUAAUUUGACACAGACCGCAAAGAACACAAAUGAGUAUGUGAACAAGGAAGCGGGACAUCUGUUGGGAAAUGCGGGGGAGCAGCUAGGGGAGAAGAUUAAAGGAUUAGGAGGAGAGGUCAAGAGGGUGGGGAGGGAGGCAAAGGAAUGA